CUGCUGGGGGCCGCAGAGGGGCGGGAGGGGGGACGUGGCGGCGGCUCAAGGGGGCGGAGCGGCCGCGCGGGGGCGGAGCCGCGGGAGGAGCCGCCGCGUUGGCCCCGCGCCGCAACCGGAGCUUCUGGAAACGCCUGGACAGCGCGUGUCCAGCUGCUGCGCGGAGAACCGUAGUCACGGGCAGAAUCCAGCACACAGCCCUGGCUCGGGAGUCCAGAGAAGCCGAGGAACCGAAGAUCAGAUCCCGAGAGGCCAGACUCUAAACAGCGAGCGUGGGACCAUUACUGAAUGCCUUGCAGGCGCAGCCCUCUGUGACCAAUGACCAUGAACCCUCGGGUGUCUGCCUUGCUGACGGCCUGGUUCAGUGUCCUGUGCUCCGUGCAGGCUGAAUUCUUCACCUCGAUUGGGCACAUGACAGACCUGAUUUAUGCAGAGCAGGACCUGGUACAGUCUCUGAAGGAGUACAUCCUUGUGGAGGAAGCUAAACUCUCCAAGAUUAAGAGUUGGGCCAACAAAAUGGAGGCCCUGACCAGCAAGUCAGCAGCUGACCCUGAGGGCUACCUGGCCCACCCUGUGAAUGCCUACAAACUGGUGAAGCGGCUGAACACAGAUUGGCUGGCGCUGGAGGACCUUAUUCUGCAGGACUCUGCCGCAGGGUUUAUCGCCAACCUCUCCGUGCAGCGGCGCUUCUUCCCCACAGAGGAGGAUGAGGCGGGAGCUGCCAAGGCGCUGAUGAGGCUGCAGGAUACGUAUCGGUUGGAUGCAGAAACUAUCUCCAAAGGGGAACUCCCAGGAACCAAGUACCAGGCGCUGCUGAGUGUGGAUGACUGCUUCGGGAUGGGCCGCUUGGCCUACAACGAAGGGGACUAUUACCACACAGUGCUGUGGAUGGAGCAGGUGCUAAAGCAGCUGGACACCGGCGAGGAAGCCACCACCACGAAGGCCGAGGCGCUUGACUACCUGAGCUAUGCUGUUUUCCAGCUGGGUGACCUGCACCGCGCCCUGGAGCUCACCCGCCGCCUGCUGGCCCUUGAGCCGAGCCACGAGCGAGCUGGAGGCAAUCUGCGGUACUUCGAACGACUGUUGGAGGAAGAGAGAGAGAAAACAGUAUUGAAUCAGACAGGAGCCGAGCCUGCCACCCAGGAAGGCUUCUACGAGAGGCCUUCGGACUACCUGCCCGAGAGGGACGUGUACGAGAGCCUCUGUCGUGGGGAGGGCGUCAAACUGACACCCCGGAGGCAGAAGAGGCUUUUCUGUAGGUACCACCAUGGCCACGGGACGCCACAGCUGCUCAUCGCCCCCUUCAAAGAGGAGGACGAGUGGGACAGCCCGCACAUCGUCAGGUACUACGAUGUCAUGUCCGAUGAGGAAAUCGAGAGGAUCAAGGAGAUUGCAAAACCUAAGCUUGCAAGAGCGACAGUUCGUGAUCCCAAGACUGGUGUCCUUACAACUGCCAGCUAUAGGGUUUCCAAAAGCUCCUGGCUGGAGGAGAAUGAUGACCCAGUUGUGGCUCGAGUGAAUCUUCGGAUGCAACACAUCACAGGGCUAACAGUAAAGACAGCAGAAUUAUUGCAGGUUGCUAAUUAUGGAAUGGGCGGCCAGUAUGAGCCACACUUCGACUUCUCCAGGCGACCUUUUGACAGCGGCCUCAAAACGGAGGGGAAUAGGUUAGCAACGUUUCUUAACUAUAACGAUGAGCAAGAUGUUUUCAAGCAUUUAGGGACGGGAAAUCGAGUGGCCACGUUCUUAAACUACAUGAGUGAUGUAGAAGCAGGUGGUGCCACUGUCUUUCCUGAUCUGGGAGCUGCAAUUUGGCCAAAGAAGGGCACCGCUGUGUUCUGGUACAACCUCCUGCGGAGUGGGGAAGGGGACUAUCGGACGAGGCAUGCGGCCUGCCCCGUGCUUGUGGGCUGCAAGUGGGUCUCCAAUAAGUGGUUCCAUGAGCGAGGACAGGAGUUCUUGAGGCCGUGUGGAUCAACAGAAGUUGACUGACAUUCUUUUCUGCUCUGCCCCUUCCUGGCCCCACAGCCCAUGUUGUCUUCAAGUUCAAUCUAACAGACAUCUUUGCAGGUUCAGGCCUGGUCAGGCAGGUCUGUGGAGGAGUGAAUGUUUGGAACAGAGAGUGGACUGGGGAAGGUUCUAAUUGACGUGGGCCCCAGUCUCACUGGUCACCCGUCCAUCUCUGACUCCCAAAGACAGGGUUGGAGUGGCUACAGCGGACUCAGGCUGUGUAGAGCACCGCACUCAAAGGUGCCUUUGUACCUCAGAUGUUUUUGGUGUGAGACAUUUCAGUGAACCAAAGUUCUGAUAAUUUGUUUACAUGUUGUUUCUAUGACAUUUCUGUCAAUGUGGCUUUAACCAAAAAAUAAAAUGUCCCUGCCAAAAGCCUUAAAGAGCCUUAUUUGGAGUAUUUUUGAGAUGGGGAGCUUUUUACCAACUUCACCACGUCCAGUAUAUCUGUUCUGUGCGUGCACAGUCUGCUUAA